UUUGACAUUCAAUAAAUACUCACACUCAUCCAAAAAGGCAUACAUUAACCAGAAAAAACACAGCCGAAUGACGAAACGAAAAACAAGACAGAGUGCUAAUACUGGGAAUAGAUACCCAGUUUAUAGAGGAGUUCGUAUGCGAAGUUGGGGAAAAUGGGUGUCUGAAAUACGUGAACCUCGUAAGAAGUCACGUAUUUGGCUGGGCACUUACCCUACCCCAGAAAUGGCCGCUAGAGCACAUGAUGUUGCCGCAUUGAGUAUAAAAAAGAACUCAUCUAUUCUAAAUUUUCCUCAUCUCGUAAACUCGUUGCCUCGCCCAGUUUCACUAUCACCAAGAGAUGUUCAAGCUGCUGCAGCUAAAGCAGCUUCAAUGGAGGAGCCAAUUAUUAGUUCUAUCUCUUCUUCAAAUUCUGACUGUACAUUGGAGACAAUAACAUCAGCAUCAGACGUCGAGUUGGGUGAAAUUAUAGAGCUUCCUAGUUUGGAGGGAAGCUUUGACUCGGACGAGCCGAAGAAUGAGUUUAGGUUAAGUGACUCGGUUGACGGUUGGCUGUACCCGCCGUGGUGGGCACCAGAUAGCGAGUUUUGUGAGUAUUUACUUGAGCAAGAUGCCUUUGGAGAGAGUUUAAUUCUUAGCAACUUCGACAGGCAGAAAUAGGGUUUUGCUAUAAUAUUGAUCAAAGAGUGAAAGAGACUCGUGGUUCAGCUGUAAGGUUGUCUUUGUAUGUUGGUCACGUCGUUCGGGCCGUAAAUCAACCAUUAACGGUUGUAAUAGAUUCUUGAACUAGGGUAGAUUUUACAUUAUACCCUUUGAACUGCGGUUCUUUUCCGAAUACUACCUAAAUACAAAAUACUUUAUAUAUGAGGCUGUCUUACCGAUCAAAGAGUGGUGUGAGUUUUUUAAUUCUUUUUUUAGACAUUUGGAUAAUUUCUACGAUUCUGCCAACUAGUCGUGUGUGUUUGUAUGUAAAUAAUGUGUAAUAUACUUGUAAUACAUGUCAGAGUA